CGGCGCUUUAUGGGAGGGGGAAGGGCCGGCGGUUGCUGAACGGGGAGGCUCGAUUCUGUUCUCGGUCAUGGCGUAUUCGCUGACCUCAGGAGUGCUCCUUGCAUUUGGUGCCAUUUUUUUAACAACAGUUGGAGUUGUUGUUGGCCAUUAUGUAUUGUCCAAAAAAAGGAAAGCUAAGGUUACAUUGCAAGAUCCGAAUGAGAAGUACCCUUUGCGACUGAUAGAUAAGGAGGUUUUGAGUCAUGACACUAGGAGGUUUCGCUUUGCUCUUCCUUCAGCUGGUCACAUUCUCGGUUUGCCUGUGGGAAAACACGUAUACCUUUCUGCUAGAAUUGACGGAAGCCUUGUUGUUCGACCAUAUACUCCAGUUACCAGUGAUGAUGAUAAGGGCUAUGUGGAUCUUGUUGUGAAGAUAUAUUUUAAAGGAGUGCAUCCUAAAUUCCCUGAAGGUGGAAAAAUGUCUCAGUACCUGGAAGAUCUGAAGAUUGGUGAUACCAUUCACUUCAGAGGGCCGGGAGGAUUACUCAUUUAUAAUGGGAAAGGUAAUUUUGGUAUCCAACCUGACAAGAAAUCACCACCUGAAGCCAGGUUUGCAAGAAAACUUGGCAUGAUUGCGGGUGGAUCUGGUAUUACUCCAAUGUUGCAGUUAAUACGUGCUGUCAUGAAGGAUCGUGAAGACCCAACUAUGUGCUACUUGCUCUUUGCAAAUCAAACUGAAAAAGAUAUCCUGCUACGUGAUGACUUGGAGGAACUUCAAGCUCUGUAUCCCGAUCGCUUUAGGCUGUGGUAUACUGUGGAUAAAGCUCCUGAAGGCUGGGAUUAUAGUGAAGGUUUUGUGAAUUCUGAUAUGAUCAAGGAACACCUUCCAGCACCUGCUGAUGACGUAUUGAUUCUCAUGUGUGGCCCACCUCCCAUGAUUCAAUUUGCGUGCAAUCCCAACUUGGACAAACUUGGAUAUUCACAAGGAAUGCGUUUUACAUACUAAAUGCCAAUGUUAGCAUUUUGAGUUUGGUGAAGGCGAAAGUAAAAUGGAUAUAUUUUGCACUUCAGCCUGUGUGGCAUUUGCUGAACAGCAAUUAAACAUGACUUUUUAAUGCAGGUUGCACCUAAUACUAAUGUUCACGGCAAUGUAUUUGUACAUGUUCAGCUAUAUAAUAUGGUUUCAUCUGUUAAUCUCUUUGGAGGAUACAGAAUUGAACCAUGUUUAAUAUGCAAGUCAAUGUUUGAACUUGAGUUUUCAAUGCUGUACUGAAAACCUUUUUGAAUGUCAAGCACCUGGUAAAAUCUGUCCCAGUCUAAAAAAAAAUCAGGACAGUGGCAUGUGGGUAGAUGUAUUACAUUCUUGAAAUUUUCAGUUUUUUUUAUUUGCACUUAUUGCUGUACUACCAUUGACUGUUAACACCAAGUAUGUGUUCUUCACCUACCAAUAUUAGUGACUUAAUUGUAUUUGAGAAAAUUCAAUGAAACUUUAAAACCUUUGAUUUUUCUCUUCAUGCAACCUAUUGCAUCUCAUGGCUUGAAGGAAUGAAAGCUUAACUUUGAGCAAAAGGGGCCAGGGCUCAAAGUUAAUGUUAACCACAACCAAUUUGCUCAAAAAUAAUCUUGGAAAAUCCAAAGAUUUCUGGGUGGAUUAAGGGGAUGCUACUUUGUUAUUCUGGGGAGCAUUUGAUUUGUGUUUAAUAUGUAAGUGUACCAGAGAUUAUAAUGCAAAUACCAAACAAUGUAGUUGGCAAUGCUGAAUGGCUAUGAUGCAAUAGUGGCAAUUGUUCUAAAUAUUUAACCUUUUGCAUUUAGCAGGCUUGGCAUGAGGUCUUUAAUAUUUUAUGGUUUUGGUGACUGUAAUGUCUGUCUGACCAGUGUUUUCAGUGACCACAUAGUAAUUCUAUCUGAAAUACAUGUGCCUUAAGUGACUGUCUUAUUAUUUACUUAGAUUUUGGUCUACAACUCUAAAAAUCCACAUGUUCUGAUUUGAUCUAAGGUUUAUUUUUUAAAUGUGCAACUAUAAACCUGGGGUUGUCUGUUCUGACAGUGCCAGAGUCCUCUCUGGUUUAAAAAAAUAAAUUAGCCCACAAAUUGUAUUUUAGUUAUACUGCACCAGAUUGCCUCAUUAGUACAAUUUAAACUAUUGGCAAGACAAACUCCAAUCAUUAAUUGAAGUCUGUGAAUAAUCAUAGAACUUGUUCUAAAGAUUCUUGCAGUAAAUUGUGCUGAUCGCUAAUUUUUGAAAUGUGUGACACUAUAAAUAAAGUCCUUUCAUUGAAA